ACUGUUCAUCGUUGCGGUUUGGCCGGUCGCCGUAAUUUCCAGAUAAGGACACUGCUUUCGCAUUCGGACGUUCGUGCUUAGGCCAUGGGUUCCCAUCUGAGCUCGGAGGUGAUGGGAGCCUUUCGGCAAUCUCAGGUGUUUGGCGAGAUCACCACGCUUACCUUUGAGCGCCUCAUGGCCAAAGUGAAGGAGCUGAAUGACAUAUGCCAGUGCCUGACAGACACGAAAAACCGUCACCUUGUGUUUGAGGUGUGUGGCACAUCAGAGACGCCUGUGCUGUGGAAGAGUGAAGUGCGCAUCCUCUGCCGCAAGGUUGGUGCAGGGGAUGGGGAGGCUCGCCUGCUGACGUUGAGGCAGUUCUUGCACACGUACCACACCAUCAAGGCCUACUGCUCAGCUGCUGCCUCCAGUGGAACUGCCAACAUGUGUGCCUCCACCUUAUUCUCCGGCGUCCUUGGUACUGAGCUGGAGGAGUGCUGCAUCUGCAUGGAGCACAGGCCAGAGGUGACACUGCCCUGUACGCACAGCUACUGCCUGCACUGCAUUGAGCAGUGGAAUGUGUCCAACACAACGUGUCCCCUGUGCCGGGAAGAGUUUGAGAGCACGAAGGAAACCUGGGUCAUCUCAGAGGCUCCCGAGUCGUCCGAGGUGCUGAGCGAAAUGCAGAAGGCACUCUCCAAGUUGCCCGAGCAGAAGAGCACCCCAUCGUGAACUGGUUGUGCUCAAUGUAGAGACUGCCAUGUGCUUGACUCUUGCAGAAUAUUAUUUCCAGCAAUGAGGCCCUGCAACACUAAUCAUUGAAUGACCUCACAAUUGGAGUUUAUUGCCUCACGUAUCGAUUGCCGUUUUUCAGGUCUGUCAAGUACGAGCAGAGUUGCAGGGUAUGAAGCAAUGCCAGUGCGCCCCAUAAGCACUUCCUCUUGUUUAAAUCACUUCCAGUGUGAUCACUAGCGUCGGCUCAUGGCGCAGCAACCCUUGGUGGACUUGGCAACUAUGCAGCACAAGAAUGCUCAACUGUGAAAAGGCCUGGCCAAGCUCUUUCAUUGCCUGGUGUGCACUGGCCUUAUCCUGCCUCAGCUUCACCAAGGGAUAGCAGCCAAAUCCAAGUAGCGCAUUGUCGAGCAAACUGAAUUAGCUAAAUGCAAAAGCGACCUCUGGCAACACGUCUUGCUCGCAAUGUGUGUAAAAGGGACAAAGCAUGUAAUGGCAAGCGUGCCAAUGGUUUUGGAAACAACAAUAUGUAUGCAUUGAUUAGUAUUACGGUAGCAGCCUCAAUAAAAGACGAGUGAUUGACGGAGGCGAGGUGGAAGUACAGUAAAAUCUCGUUACAAGAGACUCUCUGGUAUAAGCGACAUUUUGAAAUA